UCGUGCAUCAAGAACCAAGGAACAGUUGAUAGGUCCGGUGAAUGGGCGAGUUCCAGUAGCGAAGCGGGGUUUUGCAGAUAAGGCGCAACACGACGGAAUGUUACGUAACGCCGCAAGAUCGUCCGUUCCAACAUCCUUCCCUCUCUUCUGUUCUCUUCUCAUAUCAAUUUGAAUAUUCGAAGGCUUGCCGCUUGCAUACCAUGAGCUCAUCUGUCAAUCCUGUCGAUGAAAGCGGUGGUGAGUGUUGCGCGAGAGGCGACAAUGCUCCUUGCGCCAGCGGUACGAUAGAAAAGGAUUUGACCGAGGACGAUUGUCCAGGCGGGUGCUGCUCUGGAAGCAAUGAUACGAAGCAGGACAUCGCUAGAGAGGUAUGCCAGGAUAACUGUUGCUCUGGCAAAGAUGAGCGGCCGGUCAAGGAAGAAGAGAAGCUCAUUGAGGAAGACUGCCAAGAUGGAUGCUGUUCUGGAAGCAGUGCUGUUAAGCAGGACCUUGUCGAAGACCCUUGCGAGGACAAGUGUUGCUCUAGCGAGAAUGAACUGCCCAGCAAGGAUGACCGAAGUAGCUGCUGCUCUGGCUCAAAGAAUUACGCCGACAGGCGGGAUGACGUGCCGGCACACUGUAAGGGCAAAUCAAUCCCAUGCUGCGAUGCUUCGUGCGUUGAUCGCCUUGCGGUUCGAGAGUGCGAAAGCACAUGCAGCACAACGGCUAGUGGGAACGAGCGUCGAACUAAGGGUACCGCCUGUGGAUAUCACAAGAAACGUGUCCACGAGCGGUAUGCCACGACAUUGGCUGCUUUGGGCUGCAUUUGUCGAGCUCUUGUUGCUCUCGGGCAGGAGUCCUGCUGUGCCACCAAAGAGCGAUCUUCCGCGGAUGAACGCCGAGGAAGGGCGAGUCCACGAAACUCUUCAGCCACCUCGACAGAUUGUUGCAACAAGAAACGUCCCAGCAGUCUUCGUAAUGAAAAAGCCAGCUAUCGUAACGCCGCGUUGAAGGUCCAAGACUCAGCGUGCAAACGUGGAUGCUGCGAAUCCGGCGACAGUGCCAGCAAAGCCAAGGGAAGAGUUAAAAGCGGCGUUGCUCAAAAAGACUGUGCAAGCGACGAUUCCACUAAAGUUAUCCAUAGCGCGGUUCUGGUCGAUCCCGCCGAUGUUGAAAAGGGCAUCGCUGGCAAGGAGUAUGUUGCACUGAGCAUCAGCGGUAUGACUUGCACCGGCUGUGAAACUAAGCUGCAGCGAGUGCUUGAAACUCUACCGGCUGUCAGUAACCUGAAAACGAGCCUAGUCAUGGCUCGAGCUGAGUUCAAUCUUGACAUCGCAGCAAUGUCUCCGGAGGGCGUGGUGAAGCACCUUGAAAGAACCACUGAGUUCAAGUGCGAUUGGAUCUCGACCCAAGGCUCUACUAUCGAGGUCUUACCUACUGGCGAUGUCAAAGAAUAUUUGGAUCAGCCACUACCUCUAGGUGUUAAUAGCAUGCAGCUUAUUGGCAAAGGGGUGGUGCGUAUUAACUUUGACCCAAAAGUCAUUGGUGCACGAGAACUGAUGGAAAAGAAUCCGAAAUACCCUUCCCAUCUCGCUCCGCCUUCCAUUGAUCCAGGACUGGCCGCUGGUAGAAAGCAUGUUCGCAAUAUGGCCGUUAUGACUCUAUUUUCAGCUGUGUUGACAAUUCCUGUACUGGUCCUUGCCUGGGCUCCCAUUAAGCAUCGUCCCAUCCCCUAUGGUGCUGCAUCCUUAGCACUCGCUACCGUUAUCCAGGUCGUUAUCGCCGGACCAUUCUACCCCAAGGCUCUGAAAAGUCUGAUCUUCUCUCGCAUGAUUGAGAUGGAUCUGCUCAUCGUCCUUAGCACAAGCGCCGCGUACAUCUUCUCUGUUGUAUCAUUUGGAUAUCUCGUCAGUGGAAAGCCAUUUCCUACGGGAAAUUUCUUUGAAACAAGCACUCUACUGGUGACUCUCAUUAUGGUGGGGCGUUGGGUUGGCGCACUCGCCCGUCAAAAAGCGGUUGAAUCCAUCUCAGUUCGAUCCCUUCAGUCUUCAACAGCGCAAUUAGUGACCGAGGACGGUGCCGAUAUUGCCGAGAUAGACACCCGACUGCUUGCGUACGGAGAUGUGUUUAGUGUUAUUCCAGAGCUUCGCAUCCCGACUGAUGGAAUUGUCAUAGCCGGAUCUUCAGAGAUUGAUGAAUCUAUGCUAACAGGAGAAUCGAGACCAAUUGAAAAACAAGUCGGCUCAAAAGUAAUCGCUGGGUCUAUUAAUGGCUCGGGCAAACUUAUCGUACGACUCACGCACUUGCCAGGGGAGAACACCAUCAGUACAAUCGCUGGAAUGGUCGAUAAUGCCAAGCUGAGCAAGCCGAAGAUCCAGGACCUUGCGGACCGUGUCGCAUCUUAUUUCGUCCCUGUGAUCGUGUUCUUCACCGUCAUCACCUUUGUCGUCUGGAUUGGUGUCGGAGUCGCAGUACGGAAGCAAUCCAGCUCCGAAGCUGCCAUCCAAGCGAUCACAUAUGCCAUCGCCGUUCUCAUCGUCUCAUGCCCCUGUGCCGUAGGACUGGCAGUGCCUAUGGUCAUUGUCAUAGGCAGUGGUGUAGCCGCCGAGCGGGGAGUUGUCUUCAAAUCGGCGGAUAGCAUCGAGACAGCUCACAACGCAACGCAUGUGGUCUUCGACAAGACCGGCACUCUUACCGAAGGGAAACUCAAAGUUGUUGCUACAGAGGAAGAUGCCACUGUGCGAGCGAUGAUACUUGGUUUGGCGGCAAAUAGCAAGCAUCCCGUCUCUGCUGCUGUUGCCGCUCAUCUUACCGAGCAAGGCAUUAGCCCUGCUCGGGUGGGCGGAAUCAAGGCAGUCGCAGGCAGAGGAAUCGAGGGCAUGGUCGAUGGCAAACGCAUUCGUGGCGGGAAUGCUCGCUGGCUGGCGGUUGAGGCCGACCCACGUGUGCAAGCGACUUCAGCUGGCGGACACACGCUGUUUUGCGUCACACUCGACUCAAAACUCUAUGCCGUCUUUGGUCUUUCCGACACUGUCCGGCCCGAUGCCGCUGCCACUGUCGCCGAGCUUAAGUACAAGGGCGUGCAUGUGUCGCUUCUGAGCGGUGACAAUGACGGCGCGGUUCGGCACACUGCUGCACAGCUAGGGCUCACUCCGGAUGAGGUCAAGGCUCGCUGUACCCCCGGCGACAAGCAAGAGUACAUUCAGAGGCUAUUGGCAACUCCCGUUGGCAAGAGGAGAGCCACUGUUGUGUUCGUUGGCGACGGAACCAAUGACGCUAUCGGCCUGGCUCAAGCAAGUAUCGGCGUGCACAUGAAUUCUGGAACAGACGUCGCGCAAAGUGCGGCAGACGUUGUGCUCAUGCGACCCUCACUGAAGGGUGUCGUGGCCAUGAUCGACAUUUCUCGUGCCGCCGUGCUGCGCAUCAAGUUUAACUUCGCUUGGUCUUUCAUCUACAACGUUUUGGCACUACUUUUCGCCUCCGGUGCGCUUGUGAGCGCCAGCAAAGACACCGUGGUUAGGAUUCCGCCUCAAUAUGCCGGUCUUGGCGAACUGGUCAGCGUCCUACCCGUCAUUGCUAUCGCGGUCGGCUUGAGAUGGGCAAAGUUCUGAACAUAGCGAUUUUGCCAAGAGUUGUUAGAUGAGGGGGAGGUGUUGGCGGCUUGACAAGACGAAGCAGGUUUUAUGAGAGGCAGGGUUGGGUAGGAAAAUGAACGGAUAUGAGACGGAUAUAUGUGGGAUGAAGAGUUCGACAAAGCACUUCUUUUAAG